AUGGAGGCCGUCAGCACAGCCAGCAACGCCACAGAGGACGAGUUCCGCCUCCUGCCGCUGCCCGACAACGACUCGGGUUACCAUGACUACAACGCCGGCGGCGCGGCGCCUCCCGCUCUGCCCACGCUGGUGUUCGAGGGGGUGAACUUCCCAGAAGACCCCAUCAAACUGCUCAGUGUGCAGGUGGUGUUGAUCUUGGCCUACAGCACCAUCAUCGUGCUGGGGGUUCUGGGUAAUUCUCUGGUCAUCUACGUCAUCUACCGCUUCAAGACGCUGCGCACCGUCACCAACUUCUUCAUCGCCAACCUGGCAGUCGCCGACCUCCUGGUGAACACGCUGUGCCUCCCCUUCACCCUCGUCUACACGCUGCAGGGAGAGUGGAAGUUCGGCAGCACGCUCUGCUUCCUGCUGCCGUACGCCCAGGGGCUCGCCGUCCACGUCUCCACGGUGACGCUCAACGUCAUCGCCCUGGACCGACACAGGUGUAUAGUGUAUCACCUGGAGACCAGGAUGCGUAAGGAUGUGUGUUUCGCUGUGAUAGCGUUGACCUGGGUGCUGAGCGCUGUGCUCGCUAGUCCUCUGGCCAUCUUCAGAGAGUACGGCUCCUUCACACUGGGGCCUGGACACACUAUACAGGUUUGUACGGAGAAGUGGCCCGGCAAAAACACUGACGGCACCGUCUACAGCAUCUCCAUGUUGAUCCUGCAGUACUUCCUGCCGCUGUCCAUCAUCUCCUUCGCCUACGCUCGCAUCUGGUCCAAACUGCGCGGCCACGUCAGCCCGGCGGAGAGCGGCGUCAACAGCAGCGCCGGCUCCGAACGCCACCGCCGACGCCGCAAGACCACCAAGAUGCUGGUGACCAUGGUGGUGGUGUUCGCCGUCAGCUGGCUGCCCUUCCACGCCUUCCAGCUGGCCACUGACAUCGACAGCACGGUGCUGGACAUGCGUGACUUCCGCUUGCUGUACACCGUCUUCCACGUCGUCGCCAUGUGCUCCACCUUCGCCAACCCGCUGCUCUACGGCUGGAUGAACCGCAACUACCGCGCCGCCUUCCUCGCCGUCUUCAAGUGUCGCAGAGGAGGCGAGAGGGGGAGGACCGGCCGGCUGGACAGCAUCCACCCAGUCGGGGGAGGAGGAGGAGGCGGGGGGAGGGCGAAGAAGAUCGUGCUCGAAACACAGGACGUGGUGUCGACUUGCCUGAACGCCACCGAUGUGUGA